GGCAGGUAAUACUUGUUUAUCUUUCUUUUCCCAAGCUUUUCAGAAGGUAGAACCUGAGAUUUCACUGCAGAGCCACUAAACCCUUGUUAAAAAUGACAGAAACUGGUGGGCAGGAACAGUCAAGAUGGAUAACAACAGUUAUUAUGAGUACAGCUCUCCAGAAUCAUGAAAUUUCUACAAUUCUACAGAGGCAACAGCACCGCGUUCGAUAUUCAGAUUCAGUGGAAACUGGAUCCGUGAUUUUUUCUCUUUCUGGUGUUGCAUUUAUACUGUCAGACAUUCAAGACCUGCUUAUGACAGGGGAAGAAGAGUUUUCCCAACGAAUUCAGAAGUUCAUGAGCAUUCACCGGAACAGCUUUUUGGUUUUGUCAGCUGCUCUUCACGGCCCAGAAGAAUGGAAUGUUAUGUUUAGGAUUCAGAAAAGAUUCCUGGGCAGUAAUUUACGUAUAAUACCAGUUCAUAACAGUGCUGAAACCGUUAAGUUAAUGCUAACUAUAGCUAAGAUAACUUCCAAACCACAAGCAGAUGAUAUUCGUUACAAAAUGGCAAUCACAAAAGCCCAAAUAAUAGAAAACAGUCCAGUUUGGAAGAUGCUUCAGGAGUACCAGUUGCAGUGUAAUUGAUUUAGUAUUUGGGGGUUUUAUUCAUAAAUAGUAGCUACAUUUUACACAAAAUAUAGAAUGUUCUUAAAAAUAUAGUGACAUUUCAAAAGACUGUAUAUACAGCUUAUACAUUUGGAAUGAAAAUUUAUAUUAAAUAACUAUACAGUGAAAAAUACCAUAAUUUAUACCAAACGUGCAUUGUAUGGAAAAAAAAAGUGGUUUAACUGCACUAUAGAAGAGCCAUCCUUAUUUUUAACUUGAUUCUGAACUUAGGAGCUCAUCUGCUUAUAGUAAUUUUCCAAAAUGCUUAAUCUAUCUGAAGAACGACUUUAUCAUUAAAGAUAAGGAUGAUCAAUUCCAAAAUAGAGGUUUCCCACACAUAAACACGUAUAUGUAUG